ACAGUUUUGUUUGUUCCCAUUAUAAUCUAAUUUAUAUUUUUCAGCUUAAAAGGAUCACUAUGCGAUUUCAAAAUUCUUUUGUUUUUAUUCUUCUUCUUUCUAUACAAGGCAAACUAGAAUAGUCUAUAGAUUAUCCAGAACUCUCUAAUGGAAAAAAAUGAAAGCACUCAUUUAUGUGCCAGGUCUGUAUGGAAUUCCUCCUGCUGAUGUGACCCACAUUUUACUUUUUUCUUUAUUGUAGAGUGGAAAACCACCCAUCAAUGACAUGUUCAUAGACCUCAAAGAUGGAAGGAAGCUUUUGGAUCUUCUAGAAGGCCUCACAGGCACAUCACUGCCAAAGGAACGUGGUUCCACGAGGGUCCAUGCCUUAAAUAACGUCAACAGAGUGCUGCAGGUUUUGCAUCAGAACAAUGUGGAGUUAGUGAACAUAGGGGGAAUUGACAUCGUGGACGGGAACCCCAAGCUCACUCUUGGGCUGCUGUGGGCCAUCAUCUUACACUGGCAGGUGAAAGAUGUCAUGAAGGACAUCAUGUCAGACCUGCAGCAGACAAACAGUGAGAAGAUCCUGCUGAGCUGGGUGCGCCAGACCACCAGGCCAUACGACCACGUCAAUGUCCUCAACUUCACCACUAGCUGGACCGAUGGCCUCGCCUUCAAUGCUGUCCUCCACCGACAUAAGUGAGACCUUCCUCAGCUUUGAACAGGGCUUUGCUGAUUCAUGUCUCCAUCUUCCCCCCAAAGCCCUUCCCCACUGGCUCUGCCCUCCUCUCUGCACAUAUUCUGCUAAAACAUUAAGGAAAGAAAUAUUACAGGAGAAAUCUACUUGUCAAGUAUUUCUUUAGGAUUUAAAUUGCAACAGUGUUGCACUCAUGAUUUCUCCUACAUAUUUGUAAGUUAAAACAUGCAAAAUACUUCACAUAG